GCUUCAGGAAAACUGGAGGAUUUCAUCUGAGAAAUCUCCAAAUCUAUGAAAUCUUAAGAGAACUGCAAUCCGAUAUGGUGACGGUUUUCGAUCGCUAUUUUUCUAUAUAUCAUGUUACAGUCGUUUCUAUCGACACCCUUUUGUUGUUUACGUGCCUAUUCAUCUUCUUCUACAAUCUGUCGUCGACAAAAAUGGCAGGCAGUGUCCGCAGACACUGGCUGCCAGUUUGGUCGACGGGUUUCAAUGGUUGUUUAGGAUUCGUGUAUCUUGGUCUAGGAAUAUGGAUGAUUCUAGAAAAGUUGAGCGAUAAAACGAGCUUGUUACCUCCAGACGGGUGGCUCGUGGCGGUACUCCAGGGCGGCGUAUGGUUGUUGAUUCUGAGUCUUGAAAGGCGUCGGGUUUUACCCAAGAUUUAUUCGAUUCUGAUCUUGUUGUUUACGAUCUUUCUUUGUUUUUCGUCGAUCUGGGAAGAUAGUGUCCACCGAGAAACGACUCUAAUGGGUGUUCUAAACGUGUUGACUUUUCCGGGUGCGGUUUUGUUCGUCAUCUGUGUUUUCCGGGAGCAAAAACAAGAAAACAUUGAGAAUGGUUCGCUUUACGCACCUCUGCAAGCCGAAGAACGAUCUGAAACGGACGAAAAUGUUACUCCAAUGGCGAAAGCAGGAAUUCUAAGUAUAUUCACAUUCUGGUGGCUAAAUCCGUUACUGGUGAAAGGAAAACGUAAAGUUCUUGACGGAAAAGAUAUUCCAUAUUUACGACCGGAAGAUAGAGCGGAAUCGUGUUAUUCAAGAUUCAUGGAGAAACUCGAGAAACGAAAAGAUGGUGCUCGUGGUGAUCCGUCUAUCUUGUCAACGUUGUUUAUUUGGAAACGGAAAGAUCUCGUGAUAACGGGGUUUUUUGCACUGAUCAAAGUACUCUCUCUAGCUUCCGGACCGUUAAUUAUUCGGGCUUUUAUUCGGGUUUGCCAAGGGAUGGAAAGUUUCAAACACGAAGGUUAUUUUCUAGCAUUCGGCCUAUUUCUAGCGAAAUGUCUAGAAUCGAUAUCGGAAAGACAACUAAACUUUCGAAAUAGAUUGAUCGGGCUCCAAGUGAAAUCUAUGUUAUGUGCAGCAAUCUAUCGGAAACAGCUACGGUUAUCGAACGUCGCCAAAUUGAGUUACGGUCCCGGUGAGAUAAUGAAUUACGCUACCGUUGACGCUACUAGAAUUGGCGAAUUCCCGUUUUGGUUUCAUCAGAUUUGGACAAUUGGUCUUCAGAUAACUCUCGGGAUUCUUAUAAUCUUUUAUUCGGUGGGAAUGGCGACGUUUGCAGCUCUUUUCGUCGUAAUCUUAACGGUUUUAGGAAAUCUUCCGAUGGGUAAGUUGCAGCAUAAGUAUCUAACAAAGCUAAUGGCGGCACAAGAUCGGAGAUUGAAGGCGAUAGCGGAGGCGAUAACGAAUAUGAAGGUUUUGAAGUUGUAUGCUUGGGAGACUCAUUUCCGGAAGGCGACAGAAAUGUUAAGAAAAGAAGAGUUGCGGUGGUUAUCGGCGGUGAUCACUCAAAGAGGCGGCUAUUUGAUUCUUUUUUGGUCGGCUCCGGUGUUUGUAUCGAUUGCCACGUUUUGGACGUGUUAUUUUUUAGGAAUUCCGCUCGAUGCCAGUAACGUAUUCACGUUUCUAGCAACGAUACGGAUCAUUCAGGAGCCGAUUCGGCUCAUUUCCGACGUUGCAGCCGUGUUUAUUGAAGCAAGGGUUGCCUUAACUCGGAUUAUUAAGUUUCUAGAGGCACCCGAGUUGCAGAGAGAGCUAAAGAAACACGGAAAUGUCGAAAAUAAGUCUGUAAUAAUCGAAUCGGAAGUGAUUUCAUGGACUGAUGACUCUUCAAAGCCGACGUUAGCACACGUAAAUCUUGAAAUUUUGACGGGCGAAAAAGUGGCAAUUUGCGGAGAAGUUGGGUCGGGCAAAUCGACUCUUGUUUCGGCCAUUCUUGGAGAGGUUCCGAACAUAAAAGGCAACGUUCGAGUUUAUGGCCGGGUGGCGUACGUUUCCCAGACAGCAUGGAUUCAAACAGGAACUAUACAAGAAAACAUUCUAUUCGGUUCGGAAAUGGAUGACGAAAAGUAUCAAGAAGUAGUUACGAAAUGCUCACUUGUGAAGGAUAUCGAGAUGUUCCCAUUUGGCGAUCAAACGAUCAUCGGAGAACGAGGCGUAAAUCUCAGCGGUGGACAGAAACAACGAGUUCAGCUGGCACGAGCAUUAUAUCAAGAUGCCGAUGUAUACCUCUUGGAUGAUCCAUUUAGCGCCGUUGAUGCCCAUACUGCCGCCAGUUUGUUCAAAGAAUACAUCAUGGAAGCUCUAUCAAGCAAGACAGUGUUACUCGUAACUCACCAAGUCGAUUUCUUGCCCGCUUUUGACGAUAUCCUGUUAAUGGCCGACGGGAAGAUCGUGAAAACCGGAACCUACUCCCAACUACUUGAUUCCUGUAAAGAGUUCCAAAACCUCGUUAUUGCACUUUCCGAUACUUCAAGUUCAGAUAAUCAAGCACCCGAUGAUUCUAAACAGAUAUCUGAAAAGCCAAAUCAAGAAAUCCAAAAAAUCAGCACGAAAGAACAGAUAGAAUCGUCUUUAGGAGAACAGUUGAUAAAGCAAGAAGAACGAGAAGCAGGGGACACGGGCCUAAAGCCGUACAAACAGUAUCUUGGUCAAAGCAACGGCUAUUUCUACUUCUUUCUAUCGGUUUUAUCGCAUAUCUCACACAUAAUCGGAACGUUAUUGCAGAAUCUAUGGUUGGCUAGAGAAGUGCAGGAUUCUAAUUUCAACUGGCUGAAUAUGUUGCUAGUGUACAUGGGCAUCGGGGUUUUCAUGAUGUUCUUUUUAUUCGGUAGAUCUUAUUUUGUCGUUAAACUAGGAGUUAAGACAUCGAUGGCGGUUUUCUCUAAGUUAAUAACGUCGCUUUUCCGAGCACCGAUGUCUUUCUACGAUUCCACGCCUGUGGGAAGGAUAAUCAGUCGGGUGUCGUCUGAUCUGAAUAUUGUGGAUCUUGAACUGGCGAUGAAGUUUACGAUUGGCGUAGGCACAACGAUGAACACAUACUUCAGCUUUGCAAUCCUGGCUUUCCUAACUUGGCCCGUCUUAUUCAUUAUCAUUCCAACGGUUUAUAUAACCAUCCUUCUACAGAAAUUCUACUACGCUUCUGCAAAGGAGUUGAUGCGAUUAGAUGGCACGAGCAAGUCUUUGGUUGCAAGCCAUCUUGCGCAAUCCAUUGCCGGAGUUGUUACCAUCAGAGCCUUUGGAGAAGAAGACCGUUUCUUUUCAGAGCAUUUGCGCCUCAUUGAUGGCAACGCGAGUCCAUUCUUUCAUAGUUUUUCAGCAAAUGAGUGGUUAAUCCAACGUCUCGAGAUACUGUGUGCGGUUGUCAUUUCUAGCUCGGCCCUGGCUGUGACUUUGCUUCCCUUUGAGGCUUCUGACUCGGGAUACAUCGGAAUGGCUCUUGCGUACGGUCUCUCAUUGAAUAUCUUCCUAGUUGUUUCCGUCCAAUUCCAAUGUCAGUUAUCGAAUCUAAUAGUUUCAGUCGAAAGACUAGAGCAAUUCAUGCAUAUUCGUAGUGAAGCCCCUGAAAUAAUAGAAGCCAACCGACCCCCAAAAAGUUGGCCGAGUAUUGGUAGAGUUGCCAUCCAAAACUUGAAAAUAAGGUAUCAGCCGAAUUCGCCUUUGGUUCUUCAAGGGAUUAGUUGCAUAUUUGAAGGAGGGGAUAAAAUUGGAAUUGUUGGCAGGACAGGAAGUGGGAAAACGACUUUGAUUAGUGCUUUGUUUCGCUUGGUUGAACCUACAGACGGAAAGAUCAUUGUAGACGAAAUAGAUAUAACUACAAUUGGACUCCAUGACCUUAGAUCCAAUUUCGGAAUCAUCCCACAAGAACCAACACUCUUCAGUGGUUCCGUUCGAUAUAAUCUUGAUCCCCUAGCAGAGCACAGUGAUCAUGAACUAUGGAAGGUUCUUGAUAAAUGCCAACUUCUAGAGGCCAUUCAAGAUAAAAAAGAGGGCUUGGACUCCUUAGUUGUGCAAGAUGGCUCGAAUUGGAGUUUGGGACAACGCCAACUAUUUUGCUUAGGAAGAGCCCUUCUGAAGAGACGAAAGAUUUUGGUACUUGACGAAGCCACGGCAUCAAUCGACAAUGCGACAGAUACGAUCAUUCAGAAAACAAUUCGGCAAGAAUUUAAAGAUUGCACAGUAAUAACAGUUGCCCACAGAAUACCAACUGUUAUAGACUGCACAAUGGUGCUUGUUAUGAAGGAUGGAAAGGUGAUGGAGUAUGAUAAACCCAUGAAAUUGAUGAAUGAACCAGCUUCCUUAUUCGGGCUACUAGUUAACGAAUACUGGUCGCAACAUAAGCCCUCGUGAUCGAAAAAGAUCAAUCGAAACCUCAUAAAAUGCGAUGAUGAAAAUCAAUAAUAAAGCUUCGUAGUGAUAUCAUUUCUGAAUCAUCAUCGAGAAAUUGAGAAAUUACCUUCG